AUGAUUUUACAAUUAAUGUAAUAUAAACUGAAAUUAGGUUCAAUAUGUUUAUUAGCUGUUAAUAUGUUAAAUAGUUUAGAAGAAAUACAUAAUUAAAAUAUUGUUCACAGAAAUUUAAAACCUAGAAAAAUAAUAACUGAUUCAGAUUUAAAAAGUUAAUAAUUAUAUAUAAUAGAUUUCAAGUACUCGUAAAAAUAUAAAAAUAAAAAUGGAAAUAUUUAAAAAUACUCUGAAAAUGAUAAAGUUUUAAGCAGGGUUUUCUGUAAUAAGUUUUCUAGUAUAAACACUCAUUUAGGAAUUUCUGCUUCAAGAAAAGAUGACUUGGAAUCAUUAGGAUAUAUAUUUAUUUAUAUUUUUAGAAAUGGAUAACUUUUUACUAAAAAAAAUAUAACUUCAAAAGAUGAAAAGCUGAAAUAUUAUGAAGAAUUAAAACUUAACUUUAUACCAGAAAUUUUAUCAAAUUAUAAUAUUCCUUAAGAAUUCAUUAAUUAUAUGAAUUAUGUAAAAUCUUUAAGUGUAUUAGAUAUUCCUGAUUAUGAUUAUUGGAAAAAAAUAUUUAAGUAAUUACCAUAGAAGAUGAAUUUUCCUUUAUCUGAUUAUAAAUAUGAAUGGGUUUUUAAGAUAUAUAUUUUUUUUAUUUUAUAUUUUUUUUUAGAAUAAUACAAUCUUAAAUUAAUUAAAUAGUAUUAUGAAUAUAAAUUAAAUUUAAUAAGUAAAAACUUAAAAAGUUAUAGAAUAAUAAUAAUAAAUUUAAGUAAGUAAUUAAAAUAUAAUAGAAAAUUAAGAAUAAAUCUAUAAUAAUUAAGAAAAUGA